AUGACAGACAUGGCAGCCCCAGCAGAAGGUGUCACAGCAGCCGCAGAGGCUCCAGCAGAAGGUGUCACAGCAGCCGCAGAGGCUCCAGCAGAAGGUGUCACAGCAGCCGCAGAGGUCUUUACAGCUGCAGGCGAAAUUCAGCCACGAGCUGUCAGCAAGGAUAUUGAGAUCUCAAGCUCACGGACGAGCCGCUGCGGGUCCUCAUCUUCUGUCAUGUCGAUCCACGUGCAAAUUCCUGCCAACGUCCGGCCUGGGGAGAUGUUCUACGUGGUGGUUGGGGACAUGGAGUACGAGAUCUGGGCGCCCGAGAACUCUAAGCCCGGGGAGAUGGUCGUGAUGUCCGUGGACGAGCCGCGCGAGAGCUCCGCCUCAGCCUCGGCCUCGGCGGCCUCGGUGGGGGUGAUGUUCUCCAGCGCGGAGCCCAGCGCGCAGGUCACUGCCAGCCACACGAGCCAAGCCGUCCAGGCCUCGCAUCCUUCGCAGUCCAUCUCCGUGCCCUCGCAGUCGCAGCGCCCAGACACCGGCACGGACUACGAGCCUUCGGAGUCGGCUUCCGCAGCGUCCGUGGCGACAGACGCGAGCCUGGUGCAAGUGCGCAUCCCGGAGAACUGCAGCUCGGGGGACACUUUCUUCGCCACGGUCUACGGCUUGGAAUUCGAGAUCCUGGUGCCGCGGGGCUGCCAGACGGGGGAUCUCAUCGAGCUGGAGGUGCCGUCCAAGCGCGCCAUCGCCAAGUUCGGGCCCGAGUCCGCCUCGGCGCCCUCGGUUUUGGACCGGUCUUUGGACCGUUUGGACCGCUCGGACGACUCCAACGACAGCUUUUUCGCGGAGCUCUGCGUGCCACAGGGCGUGAGUGCGGGCCAGAGCUUUGUGGCGGCCAUCGACGGCUCCGAGUUCGACGUGCCCGUGCCAGAGGGCUACGGACCUGGCGACAUACUGGCGCUACAGCUACCCUCUCGAGGCGCCCCGCCCUCCCCGCUGCCCUCCGAAUUGGAUGCCUUGCGGCAAGAGCUGCAGGAAAUGCGGCAGGAGCUGCAGCAGGUCCGCCAGAUGCGGGACUCGCGGGACUCGCGGGACUCGCGUGAGCGAGACUGGCGGGAGCGGGACCCGCAGCUCAAUACUGAGUCCAAGUCGUCGGCAGAUUCCUUCAUUGAGAUCCUCAUUCCUCCAGAUUGCUAUCCAGGAGACACGUUUGUUGUUGAAGUGGACGAUAUGGAGUUUCAGAUGGCGGUGCCGGAUGGAUGCUGUCCAGGCGAGACAAUUUACAUGGACUUGCGAGAGGGCGGUGGAUAUACAGCCAACUCGCUCAGCAGCAAGCAGAAGAGCAACUCUAGACCUCCCUCCGCCGUUCGGAAGCUGGUGAAGGAGGAAUUGGUGGCGACAGAAGAGAAGGAUGAGACCAUCACGGCUUCCCCGUCUGUCCCAGCCGAAAUCCUGGAAAUCACCAUCCCAGAGGAUUGCUACCCUGGCGACCCCUUCAUCAUCGAGGUGAACGACGUUGAGCUGGAGCUUACAGUUCCUGCCGGAUGUCAGCCAGGGGAGGUGAUCUACAUGGACUUGCUGCCUGAAGGCACCCUGACCAACUCCCGGCCUGCCUCCGCGACCACUGCGGACGACAAGUCGAACUCCCGACCAGCCAGCGCCAAGAAGAAGACCAGCGUGGUCACCGAGCAGGUGAGUGCGGAGAAUGCUGCAGAUCAGUUGGUGGAGAUCGUGGUGCCCAAGGACUGCCAGCAAGGAGACAACUUUGUGGCAGUUUUUGAGAUGAAGAUGGCAGUCCCUGAGGGAUGCCAGGGAGGAGACGUGCUUAUCGCUCCGUUGCCCCGUGCCAUUCCGGAACAUCAGCUGGACAUCAACCAGACGCCGGCACAUCUCACCAAGACGCUGGAGGCCAUGGGUUUGACCCAGGAGAUCGAGCAGCUGAAGAAGGAAGUGGAGGACUUGAAGAGUGCUCCUUUGCCCCGCGCCAUUCCGGAACAUGAGCUGGCCGUCGACCAGACGCCGGCACAUCUCACCAAGACGCUGGAGGCCAUGAAUUUGACCCAGGAGAUCGAGCAGCUGAAGAAGGAAGUGGAGGACUUGAAGAGUGCUCCUUUGCCCCGCACCAUUCCGGAACAUGAGCUGGCCAUCGACCACACGCCGGCACAUCUCACCAAGACGCUGGAGGCCAUGGGUUUGACCCAGGAGAUCGAGCAGCUGAAGAAGGAAGUGGAGGACUUGAAGAGUGCUCCUUUGCCCCGCGCCAUUCCGGAACAUGAGCUGGCCGUCGACCAGACGCCGGCACAUCUCACCAAGACGCUGGAGGCCAUGGGUUUGACCCAGGAGAUCGAGCAGCUGAAGAAGGAAGUGGAGGACUUGAAGAGUGCUCCUUUGCCCCGCGCCAUUCCGGAACAUGAGCUGGCCGUCGACCAGACGCCGGCACAUCUCACCAAGACGCUGGAGGCCAUGGGUUUGACCCAGGAGAUCCAGCAGCUGAAGAAGGAAGUGGCGCACUUGAACAGUGCUCCUUUGCCGCGUACCAUUCCGGAGCAUCAGCUGGACAUCAACCAGCCGGCGCAUCUCACUAAGACGCUGGAGGCCAUGGGUUGGACCAAGGAGAUCCAGCAGCUGAAGCGGGAAGUGGAGCACUUGAAGAGUGCGAAGAAGUCCGACACGCCCCGCUCCAACGGAGUGGACAUGGUGGAUGUCACCAUCCCCGAGGGCUGCUUUGAAGGUGACAUCUUCUUUGCAGAGGUGAACGGGGUGGAGUUCAAGGUAGUGGUGCCCGAGAAGUGCGGCCCGGGCACCGUCAUUGAGAUGGAGGUUCCUUCAUCCCUGACACGUGAAGGCGCGGUGACUCGGUCAAGCUCCAAGUCCUUCGAGAUGGCGCAAGAGUCGCUGGAGCAGGUGGUGGAGGUGACCAUACCUCCCGGGGCCUGUGCUGCCGGAGGGUUCAUCGCGACCCUGCGGGGCAAGGACUACGAGAUCUCGGUGCCCGAGGGUGGUCAGGAAGGCGACACCAUCGAGAUCGACCUCAGAGGUCUGUCGGAGCCCUCCUCCAGCCGCUCGGCAUCGCAGGACUCGAUCUACGAGGUGGUGAUCCCGCCCUUCCUGAAGCCGGGAGAUAUGUUCCUCGCGCAGCUGAAUGAGAAGGACUACGAGAUUCCGGUGCCAGAUCACUGCCAGGGUGGAGAUGUCAUUGAGGUGGAUAUCGCAGGCUUAUCCCAGUCGUCUUCUGCCCACGGCUCCAAGGAGCACUUUGCGUUCACAAUCCAAGUGGACGGUAAGGACUUCGAGAUCCUUGUCCCAGAAGGCUACGAAGGUGGAGACCAGCUGGCGGUGGAAUUUGCAGGUCUGUCUGUCCCUUCAUCUGCGAGAAGCCAAUCCGGUUCAGCCUGCAGCAAAGUCGCAGAUGAGGAGCCGGUCGUCCAGAGAAUCGACAAGACUCACGUGGAGCAAGCAAUGGAGCCGGUGUCUGAAAUUGGAACGGGCGAAUCCGUGCCGGAAGGGCCCAAGGAAGCAGAAGCUGCCGAAGAAGCUCGGACACAGGUAGAGGCCGCGGAGGCCGCGGAGGCGGCGGAGGCGGAGGCGGUGGCGGAGGCGGCGGAGGCGGCGCCAGUGGUGCCAUCAAUCGUGGAGUUGCCAGAGGCCGCGGAGGCGGAGGCUGCGGAGGCCGCGGACACGGUGCGAGGCGCGGAGCGUGCCGGAGAGGCAUCGGACGAGGAGAUGGCAGCGGUGUCACACGCAUUGGUGCGGGCCGUGGCGCCAAAUCGGCGCAUCCGGGUGACUGUCAUGGGUGCCAAAGCUUUGCAGAGCGCAGGAUGGAUUGGCCAGUGUGACCCCUACAUCACCUGCAAAGUCAAAGAGACCGGGACAUUUCUGUUUGCCACACCGCCAGUUCAAGACACCAUCAACCCCGUCUACAAGUUCAGCCACGACAUUGAGAGCUUUUUGCCCACUCAGAGCCUGGAGUUUACCGUGUGGAACGCGGGGGAGGCCGGCUACGACAACUUGGGCUUCGUGCAGAUCUUCAGCUCCUCCUUCCUUCCUUCGCAGGUGCUGGAGGACUUCUCGCUGAAGGGCAGUCGUGCCUACGGAUCUUUAGAGGUGAAGUUCCAAGACCUGGGCCUGAGCGAGGACUGCGACGCGGCGCUAGCUGAGCUGCGGCGGCAGAAGAGCCGCUUGAGGAUCCGAAUUUGCCAGGUGAAGUCCUUGCGGAACGCGAGACAGGUGGAGGGUGACGACCCCUACUGCGUUUGCAAGCUUUGGAACAGCCCGGCAGCUUUGUUUCGAACCCCAGUGGUGCCGAACGCCUCCAACGCCCUCUGGAACCACGAGCAGGAGGUGGAGUACACUCCCGGCGAACCACUGGAGUUCCGGGUCUACGACGUGGAUCAGGCCGAGGAGAGUUGGACGGGGACUUUCUGGGCACGGUGA